GGUGAUGCACAUUAAUCCCUUGGUUUAAAUUAGCGUGAUUACGUGUGAUCACAGAGUAGUGCUGUCGGUUCGCCAAACGAACUACUUUGCAAUUCCUUGACGCGCAGUGGCUGUACUUAUAAAACGUUCGUUGGUUAUUUAGCCAUAAUCAUUGCACGCAUGAGGAUAGUAGGCUUCUAUUGAUCUAAGUAUUGACAGGCGCAGUACGUUACUUGUGCCUUGCAGUGAGAGUCGGAUGCACAGAGACGCUUUUCUUCUUUUUAUUUCAGCGUCAGUUCAAGUUUGAUCAAUAUCGCCCUGCUGGUCCAAUUGGAGGAGCCGUAUUCGCAAUCUGAUCUGCUACACUCGCCACCACCAUCACUGGGAUAAGUCUCUCCCUUUCUCUCAGUUGCAGAAAAUUUGUUCUGCAGCUCGGCUACCACCUCAAUGAACCUAAUUGGUGCGCUGUAAGUGAAGUGCAUUGAUCUGGAGGAUUUCCGAGCUCACGACUGCGUAUAUGGUUUUACUCGAACUGUUCGUUUUUAGGGGUUGAUUUUAAAGGUUGGAGGAAAUGGCACAUAGCGCGUUUCUUUUUUUAUUGUGGGUUUUUGGUAGGUCUUUCGCUGGUUUUCCCAACCAGAUAAACAUAGGUGGACUCUUCAUGCGGUCGACGGUGCAAGAACACAGUGCUUUCAGAUUCGCUGUUCAGCUGUACAAUACCAAUCAAAAUAUGACCGAGAAACCCUUCCAUCUGAAUUACAACGUAGAUAACCUCGAAUCCUCCAACAGCUUCUCUGUUACCCAUGCUUUCUGCUCGCAGUUCUCCAGAGGGGUAUAUGCCAUCUUCGGCUUCUAUGACAAGAAAUCCAUGAACACAUUGACGUCCUUCUGCGGUGCCCUCCACACUUCCUUUGUAACACCCAGUUACCCCAUCGACUCCGACGUCCAGUUCGUCAUCCAGAUGCGCCCACCACUGAAGGGAGCUGUCCUUAGUCUUCUUACUUAUUAUAGAUGGGAGAAGUUCGUGUACCUCUAUGACACAGACAGAGGAUUCUCCAUACUCCAGGCCAUAAUGGAGGCAGCAGUGGCAAACAACUGGCAGGUGACGGCUCGGUCAGUGGGGAGUGUAACGGACCCUCAGGAGUACAAGCGCAUCAUCGAAGAAAUGGACAGAAGGCAGGAGAAGCGCUACCUCAUUGACUGUGAAGUGGAAAGGAUCAAAGUCAUAUUAGAGCAGGUCGUCACUCUGGGCAAGAACAGCCGAGGCUACCAUUACAUCAUUGCCAAUCUGGGUUUCUCCAAUGUUAGUCUGGACAAUGUAUAUCACGGUGGAGCAAACAUAAGUGGCUUUCAAAUAAUCAAUCCUGAAAACCCCAUUGUGCAGCAGUUCAUUCAACGUUGGGACCGGUUAGAUGAAAGGGAAUUCCCAGAAGCUAGAAACACUCCUCUGAAGUACACAUCCGCGUUGUCCUAUGACGCCAUAUUGGUCAUAGCCGAGGCAUUCCGGUAUCUGAGACGCCAGCGAGUAGAUGUGUCGAGGCGGGGCAGUGCCGGGGACUGCCUGGCCAACCCGGCUGUGCCAUGGAGUCAGGGUAUCGACAUCGAGAGGGCUCUCAAAAUGGUCCAAUUGCACGGGAUGACCGGCAACAUCCAGUUUGACAGUUUUGGGCGCAGAUCAAACUACACUAUCGAUGUUUAUGAGAUGAAAACAGGUGGCCCGAGAAAGAUCGGGUACUGGAACGAGUUUGAACGCUUUGUAAAUAUAAUGGAUCAGCCAUACAGCAACUAUUCAACCUCAGCGGAAAACCGAACAAUUGUGGUCACUACUAUUAUGGAAGCGCCAUAUGUGAUGUACAAGAAAAACCAUAUGCAUCUGGAAGGCAAUGAGAAGUAUGAAGGCUACUGUGUCGAUUUAGCUUCCGAGAUAGCCAAGCAUGUUGGGAUAAAGUACAGGCUCUCCAUGGUCAUGGAUGGCAAGUACGGCGCCCGCGACCCAGAGACCAAGACGUGGAACGGGAUGGUGGGUGAACUAGUAUAUGGGAGGGCAGACAUAGCCGUUGCGCCACUUACCAUAACCCUGGUUCGAGAGGAAGUGAUUGACUUUUCCAAGCCCUUCAUGAGCCUGGGCAUCUCCAUCAUGAUUAAGAAGCCUCAGAAGUCCAAGCCGGGCGUGUUUUCUUUCCUGGACCCUCUGGCCUACGAGAUCUGGAUGUGCAUUGUCUUCGCUUACAUCGGCGUGAGCGUGGUGCUGUUCCUCGUGAGCCGCUUCAGCCCCUAUGAGUGGCACCUGGAUGAGACUGAUGAAGCCAAAGACCCGCAGACCCCUCCUGACCCGCCUAAUGACUUUGGGAUUUUUAACAGCCUGUGGUUCUCCCUGGGGGCCUUCAUGCAGCAGGGCUGUGAUAUCUCACCAAGGUCCUUAUCGGGCAGAAUAGUGGGAGGUGUCUGGUGGUUCUUCACCCUCAUCAUCAUCUCUUCCUACACGGCUAACCUGGCUGCCUUCCUCACUGUUGAGAGAAUGGUCUCACCAAUUGAGAGUGCAGAAGAUCUAGCCAAGCAAACAGAGAUUGCCUAUGGAACAUUGGACUCGGGCUCCACCAAAGAGUUCUUUAGGCGCUCGAAAAUAGCAGUGUACGAGAAAAUGUGGUCAUACAUGAAGUCCGCCGAGCCGUCCGUCUUUGCCAAGACCACACCGGAUGGCGUCGCCCGUGUGCGCAAGUCAAAGGGAAAGUUCGCUUUCCUCCUCGAGUCUACCAUGAACGAGUACAUUGAACAGAGGAAGCCCUGCGACACCAUGAAAGUGGGCGGCAACCUCGACUCUAAGGGCUAUGGUGUGGCCACCCCCAAGGGCUCAGCAUUAAGAUCAGCAGGUUGCAUCUUCAGAAACCUGCCUGUUCUUCUGUUAACAGUGUAUGCCGAUUACUCAAAGCGAUAUGGAACUCCUGUAAACCUUGCAGUAUUGAAACUCAGUGAACAAGGCAUCUUAGCCAAGCUGAAAAACAAAUGGUGGUACGAUAAGGGUGAAUGUGGGACCAAGGACUCUGGAAGUAAGGACAAGACAAGUGCUCUGAGCCUGAGCAAUGUAGCUGGAGUCUUCUAUAUUCUGGUUGGUGGGCUAGGUCUGGCCAUGAUGGUGGCUUUAAUAGAAUUCUGUUACAAGUCACGUGCAGAAGCCAAAAGGCUGAAACUUGAAAAGAACUCCCAAAACUUUAAGCCUGCCCCACCAGCCAACACUCAGAACUUUGCCACGUACCGAGAAGGCUACAAUGUGUAUGGAACAGAGAGCGUUAAGAUCUAGGGUGCCCUUGUGCUUGGUUUCUGUUUCAGAGCAGGUGCAGACUCUGUGGCCUGGUGUGUUGCCCUUAAUGAUUGUGACAAGAAAACCUUGAAAGUGAUGGCUAGAUCUUUAGGAGGGACUACCCUCUCUUCCCCUGCCCACUCCCUCCACAUCCACUCAGACCAUCCUGCCCGGAGGACGAGACAUGGCUAUCCGAGCGAAUGACAGGAGUGGACUUGUGAUUGGAAGAAUCUGGUUGUUUCCUUCAGUGCCUUAUGGAACAUUCUGAGAAUCACUCGAAUGCAAGCUCAUCACAGUGACAUUACAUCACUCCAAUCACACAUGAAACGCAAUGCCAUUGUCAUCUGUGAAUAAACUCUUGAAUUACAUAACACCAUGGAAAUUGAGAAACAAAGCCAUCACUUCUAAGCACAUUUGCAAGAGCCAGACUGACUGAAAACUGUUUUGAAUGCUGUAUUUGAAUGCUGCUGGACUUGGUUGUCAAGGAAAUCUUUAAAAAAGGCUUGUAUUUCAUCAACUGUAAAUUUGCUUUCACAAUCACAGUCAUUGAUCAAAACAUUAAUUUAUCAAAUUUUGAAUUUUUUCAACUAGAAAUUUAAUGUGAGAGUGUAAGAUUAUAUGCUCAGUAAUUAAUUGAGUAGUGAUAUUGUUUGGGUUUUGUUUUUGUUUUUUUUGGAGAAGGGUUGGUGCUGCUGAUCUUUGGAAAUUUGACAAAACGUCCUAGCCACCCAACAAGAGCUAGCUACAUAAUACAUCUGGCAAUCAAUAACUGAAAAAUGCACAUCUUUCAAUGUUAAAAUGACCAAAAAUGUACAAAGAAAAACAUACCAAGAUGUGAACACUUAACGGGUUCAUUUGCAGAUGUUACACAGGCUGUACACACUGUAGUUAAAACAUUUCAAAAAGAUAUUUGCAUUAGUUUCCCUUUUUUGUACUUUUCAAAGUCAGCUCAAGAACCCUAACUAAAGUACAUAAAAUGGAUCAUCUAAAUGUAGAUAAACAGCAGACCAAGAGUAAAGAUAUGGCUUUUAAAAUGUAGUAUUUAAGUACCUUGCAAUUUUCCCAAUAUAUUACACAUUCAAGUAAAGCUUUGGUUUUUAGUUUCAUGAACAUUUUAGUGUUGGAUGAACUACUUAGUAAAAUAGCAUAAAUAAGAAAAUUUUAAAUAGAUUUAUAAAGGUGAUGACAGGGGAAGUCUUACAAGCUUAGCACAUUUAUAUUUUACAAUUACAAUUUCUGUUCACUUUGAGAGAGAGAGAAAAAAAACUGUGAUUCCAUAGGUUUUAAGAAGGAUAACAUUCCUGAAACUGUGGGAAGAUUUUUUUUUGUUUUUCUUUUAUAUAUAAAAAAAAGAUUUUAAAAGUAAAAAAAAAAAAAAAAAGGGAAAUUGACUAUGAAGAAAUGUAAAUUCAUUUAGGUGAAAUUUCUAGCAGUAUCCAGGAUUCAAAACUGAAAUGAUCUCCCCAUUUAUUUUCUCUCUAUAUUUUUUUUAGUCUGCAUGUUUGUGAUUGCCUAUUAAGAUCUGGAAUUUACGUUGAGGUGGUCAAGAGCGAAAAGUCAGUUCUCAGUUCAAAAUUCUUCUACCCUUCUUUCCCUGUUAUUGCAUCCUGGCCCAGAUCACCUUAGAAAGAACUGCAUGCGUGUGUAUAACUUACUGAAACCUCAUUAGCGAGGCCUUGUACAAAGAAUUUUAAUACAUUUUGUAAAUAAAAUCUGUAUAGAAAACA